AUGAAUAUUAAUAAAUCAUCAAUGGUCAUCAGAAAUAUUUUUUACAAUCAAUACAAUAUGUCAAAACCAACAUCAUCUGAAGUAUUAACAAGUUAUAUUAAACAAUGUCAUGAACCUCCAUGGACAUCAUACUUUGUAAAAUAUUCUGAUGUGAGAGAUGACCAAUGGGGAAAGUCUCACUUCAACUGGAAAGUUUGUGAUUCCAAUUAUCAUAUCUUGAGAACAGGUUGUUUUCCAUACAUAAAAUAUCACUGCACUUAUAGUUGGUUUUCAUGAAUAUAUGGUCAAUAUUUACAAAAAAUUAUUAUAAUUAUCAUUUUCAGGUUUACCAUGCCUCGCAUAUGGAAUUGCUGCUAUAUUCUUGAUAAAGCAUACUGAAACCGUUCAAACGGGAAAAGGAGACGUGAAUAUUUAUUUUUUGUAUCCAGAAGAUAAAGGAUCUUUCUUCUAA